AUGGGAGUAUUCAAAUCCAACCAACUCAUUACAGCUGCCUCUGUCAUUGUUUUAUUACUAUUUUUUGAAAGAGGACGAUGCGAUUCAAUUUGUCCUAAUGGCAUGACGAACAUCACAGCUUCCAGUGGUGAGCUUGUAUAUCCUGAGUCAGGUAGUUAUGGUAAGAAUGAGACCAAAUGUUGGAGCAUUACGGUUCCCGACACUUAUGCUGGCAUUCUUUAUCACUUUUCCAGGGUUGAUGUAGAAAUGUGCUCUGAUUGUAAGUGCGACUAUCUUCAAAGAGAAACUACCUACAGCUAUUUGCACCUGCGGACUAAAUUAUGUGGACGAUAUAGUUACAACUAUUUACAAGGAUAUAUCCUCAACGUCGACUGGACAGCUGGAUUUUUUACCGGCUUUUUUUCUGAAUCGACGGGCUAUCUUCGCUUCGUGUCGGAUGAUACUGUACAUUACACAGGAUUUAAGUUGACCUUCAUAGCCUUAUCCAUAACAGCGGGUGAAACAAACUAUCUGAAUGUAACCGAAGGUGAAACUAUUGAUUUUGGCUCACCAAAAGUCGACGUUGAGAACUACCCCUCAAAUUACGCAGAACAGUGGAUUUUAAUCGUCCCUGAGGGAAUGAAGGUGCAGAUAGACUUCGACAUAUUUGAACUGGAAGACAGUAAGGAUUGCAAAAACGAUUAUGUUGAGUUCCGUGAAGCAUCCAUCAUGGUUGGUCAUCCUAAAGCAAUCUCUGGCGCUUACGGUCCAAUCCUGACAGGACGCCUGUGUGGAAAUGCAAAGCCAAAAUCGAUACUAAGUCAAGGGAACAUGGUUUGGGUUCAGUUCCUGAGUGACAGAAACUCCACUACCGUAAACAAGGGAUUCAAAGCUUCUUUUAAAGCAGAACAGGGAAGCGGAUUGCCUGUUAGCUGUCCAAUGAUGCUUCUUCAUUUCUCAGCUUUGAUCACGCAUGUGUCAAAGAACAACUUGUUCUAG